CAUCCCAGCACUACUAAACAUGUUCACUUCUGUGGUGUUGAUGAGUAUGCUGGUGGCCGCAGGUGUGGCUCUCCCAGGGGGAUACCAACAACCUUCCUAUGCUCCGAUUCCUUAUAAUUUCAACUAUGACGUCAACGCUGGAGCCACCAACUUUGGCCAGCAAGAGAGUGGUAACGGUGGCAACGCCAAGGGCUCCUACUGGGUCCAACUACCAGACGGUCGACUCGAGGUUGAUUACUGGGCUGACGGUAGUGGAUAUCAUGCUACCGUGUCCUUCCAGGGCACUGCCAAGCAUCCCAGUUAUGCUCCAUCUUAUGGUUACUAAAUGAUGCCUACACUAUUAUAAUCUGUUUGUCUCGAUCAUUCAUUUACAAAAGUUUUCCCGAAGAAUGAAACACUUAUGCAACAUAUGGGAAUCUUCAUCUUUAUUAUAAGGAAACGUUUCGCCACACGACUGGCAACAGGGACUGAUUACCUCAACCCCCUCUCCUUUCUUUAUUCUCCUUUUCUUUCUAUUGGACUGAUGAAGCGACUGUGUGGUGAAACGCUUCCUCGAUAAAGAUUCCCGUGUGUUACAUAAGUGUCUCAUUCUUCAAUUUGUCUGUUUUUUAAACUAUUCAUCACAAAA